UCUGGUGAACGCCUGCGGCCCCGAGCGAGAUUACGGCCGAAACAGAGCAACCUCUGCAGCCGUUGCUAGCAUGCCUGAUCGCGGAGAGCGUCCAGCUCUGCACCGACUGUGCGACUCGGUGAGCGGCGUCAACUGGCGCCCGACGCGGUUCGAGGACGAGUUCAAGUUGAGUCGUUACUCGUGCUGCGUGUGUCACGUCAUUCCGAGCACGACGGUAGUGCUGCCCUGUUCGCACGCUCUGUGCGAGCUGUGUGUGGCGGGGUGUGUCGUCCAAGAUGGCGGAAGCGUCUGUCCCCUGGACGCCCAGCCUUUCUGCGAAGACGAGUGCCAGAACUUAGAUUCCUGCCAAAACGAAAAACAACCUCAAGGCUCAUUGCUGGAAUGAUGCUGACGGCUGCGACUUUGUAGGCACGAUCGAGGCCGUACUGCUGCACUUCGACAGAGAAUGCGCCUUCC